AUGAACGGGGAGAGUUAUUCCUCCAGAGAUGGAGGCCGCCAUGGCUCUUCUCGGGAUCAUCAGUCGUCAAGAACAGAUCGCGAAGACCGCCGAGACGACCGACACCGUGACCGUGACAGAGACCGUGGCGAUCGGGAUCGCGAACGCGACAGGGAUAGAGACCGAGACCGAGACAGACCGCGCCGUCGCUCACGAUCACCCGAGUACCGCGGCAGCCGCUCGUCGCGCAGGGAUGCCGGCGGCGAGCAGGACUCGUACUCGUCCAGCCGGAGCCAUCGCGACCGCGAGCGUGAGGACCGUUACGGCGGGGGCCGCGACAGGCGGGAGAGGGACUGGGAUCGCGACCGCGGCGGUCCGUCCCGGCGCCGCGAGGAUGGCGACCGCAGAGGAGGCGACAGAGACAGAGGCGAUCCGCACGACCGGCGGGCGGGCGGCCGCAGGGGCGGCGAGAGGGAGGAGCGUCGCAGGAGUGCCAGUCCGCAGCCCAAGAAGCGCGAACCCACGCCCGACCUGACCGACGUCGUGCCGAUCCUCGAGCGCAAGCGUCGCCUCACGCAGUGGGACAUCAAACCCCCGGGCUACGACAGCGUCACCGCGGAACAGGCCAAGCUGUCGGGCAUGUUCCCCCUCCCCGGUGCGCCGCGCCAACAGACUAUGGACCCUACCAAGAUGCCGGGCGGGGGCCACCGUGGAGACCGGGAUCGCGACGGUCAUCGUGGUCGUGAUGGGCGUGAUGGUGGGCGCGAUGGGCGGGACGGUGGACGCGACGGCGGACGUGAUGGUGGAAGGGACGGUGAUCGCGAAGGAGGCGACCGCCGCAGCGGGGCGGACAGCAACGUGACUCUUCGGCCGACAAACUCACGGCAGUCGAAGCGCCUUAUCCUAUCGAACCUGCCUGCCGGAACAACUGAAGACAGCCUUGUGUCAUUCCUGAACCUACAGCUGAACGGUCUCAACGUCAUUGAGGCUAGCGACCCAUGCUUGGCCUGUCAAAUGGCCCCAGAUGGAUCCUUUGCCAUGGUCGAGUUCCGCAGCCCCAGCGACACAACCGUAGCUUAUGCACUCGACGGCAUCUCCAUGGAGGCUGAUGAUGCGGCCGGUAAUGGAGACGCUAACGGCGCAGCCAGCAAGGGGCUGGCCAUGCGCCGGCCAAAGGACUAUAUCGUUCCCGCCGUCGUAGACGACACUGGGUAUGAGCCUGGUGUGGUUUCGUCAAGGGUCGUGGACACACCACACAAGAUCAGUGUGACCAAUCUUCCGGCAUAUUUGACUGAUGAGCAAGUCGUUGAGCUUCUUUCAUCUUUCGGCGAGCUCAAGGCCUUUGUGCUGGCUAAGGAUAGCAGCACUGAGGAAUCACGCGGAAUUGCCUUCUGCGAAUAUGUAGAUGUGACCAACACCGAUGUUGCCAUAGAAGGCUUGAACGGGAUGGAGCUUGGCGACAAGCGUCUCAAGGUUCGCAAGGCGAGCAUAGGAAUCACUCAAGUUUCCGGGAUGGAAAUGGGUGUCAAUGCAAUGUCGAUGCUUGCCGGCACUGUCGCGCAAGACCCGGAUCUCAGCCCCGUUCUGCAACUACUAAACAUGGUCACUGCGGACGAGCUGAUGGAUAAUGAUGACUACGAAGGUCGGUUUCUUCCAAAGAGAUGUUUCACCUUGAGCUGGACUAACCCUUUCCUGAUGGCUACAGAAAUUUGCGAGGACGUACAGGAGGAGUGCGCCAAGUACGGCACUGUAAUCGAGAUCAAGGUGCCAAGGCCCUCGAGCGGAGCGAAACAAGCUGCAGGUGUUGGGAAGAUUUAUGUCAAGUUUGACAGCAUCGAGUCAUCCACCAAGGCUCUCAAGGCAUUGGGCGGCCGCAAGUUUGCCGACAGGACGGUCGUCACGACGUAUUUCCCAGAGGAUAGCUGGAGGAUAUUGCUAAAAGGCAUUGUACGCAGCAGUGGGGCCUGA